GCAGGUAAAGAAGAAUUUGUUGCUACAUUCAAAGGAAAUGAAUUUUUCUGCUACGAUCUUUCUCACAACCCCAUACAGAGCAGCACAGAUGAAAUUACACUGUCCUUCCGUACAUUCCAGCGUAAUGGCCUCAUGCUGCACACAGGCAAAUCAGCUGACUAUGUCAACCUUUCCUUGAAGAGUGGUGCCGUGUGGCUUGUCAUCAACUUGGGUUCUGGUGCCUUUGAGGCACUGGUCGAACCAGUUAACGGGAAGUUCAAUGACAACAACUGGCAUGACGUGCGUGUGACCCGGAACCUGCGCCAGCACGCAGGCAUCGGACACGCUAUGGUAACCAUCUCGGUGGAUGGAAUUCUCACCACAACUGGUUACACCCAAGAGGACUACACAAUGCUGGGAUCAGAUGAUUUCUUCUACAUCGGAGGAAGCCCCAAUACAGCCGACCUACCAGGAUCACCUGUCAGCAACAAUUUCAUGGGCUGCUUGAAAGAUGUUGUCUACAAAAAUAAUGAUUUCAAACUGGAGCUAUCUCGCUUGGCAAAGGAAGGAGACCGCAAGAUGAAGGUCCAUGGUGACUUAGUAUUUUGGUGUGAGAAUGUGGCAGCUCUGGAUCCAGUUACAUUUGAGUCACCUGAGGCCUACAUUGCUUUGCCUAAGUGGAACACAAAAAAGACUGGUUCCAUUUCUUUUGACUUCCGGACCACAGAACCAAAUGGUCUUCUUCUUUUCAGCCAUGGUAAGCUGCAGCCUCCAAAGGAAGGGAGAGUAGACCAUGUCCAGAAGGCAGAUUACUUUGCAAUUGAAUUACUAGAUGGCUUCCUUUACCUCCUGAUGGACAUGGGCUCUGGUGGCAUCAAGAUGAAAGCCAGCUCAAAAAAGGUGAAUGAUGGGGAGUGGUGUCAUGUGGACUUUCAGAGAGAUGGUCGUAAAGGUUCAAUCUCUGUGAAUAGUAGAAGUACUCCAUUUCUGGCCAGCGGUGACAGUGAAAUUUUGGAUCUGGACAGUGAAAUGUUCUUAGGAGGUCUUCCUGAGAACAGAGCAGAGCUGAUCAUUCCACCUGAAGUGUGGACUGCCUUUCUGAAUUAUGGCUAUGUUGGCUGUGUCAGAGAUCUCUUCAUUGAUGGUAAAAGCCGAGAUGUACGUCAGCUAGCAGAGGAGCAGAGUAUUGGUGGUGUCAGCAGUUUCUGCUCAAAAGAGACGUUAAAGCAGUGCAGCAGUAACCCAUGCCGAAAUGCCGGGCUAUGCCGUGAGGGCUGGAAUCGUUUUAUCUGUGACUGCACUGGAAUUGGAUAUCUUGGCAAAAUGUGUGAGACAGAAGCAACAAUCCUGAGCUUUGAUGGCAGUAUGUUCAUGAAGAUCAUGUUACCUACAGUAAUGCACACAGAAGCAGAAGAUGUUUCUUUGCGCUUCAUGACACAGCGUGCCUAUGAGCUACUUAUGGCUACGACAUCCAAAGAAUCUGCAGACACACUUCGCCUGGAGCUAGAGAGCGGGCGUGUAAAGAUCACUGUCAACCUAGAUUGUAUCAGGAUAGGCUGUAAUCCCAGUAAAGGCCCAGAGGUCCUAUAUGCUGGGCAGAAGCUAAAUGACAAUGAAUGGCACACAGUCCGUGUGGUCCGCAGAGGAAAGAGUCUUCAAUUAUCUGUUGAUAAUGUAACAGUGGAGGGGUCCAUUCCUGGAGCUCACACUAGACUGGAAUUUCACAACAUUGAGAUGGGUGUCAUGACAGAGCGCCGCUUCAUUUCUGUGGUUCCAUCAAACUUUAUUGGCCAUCUUCAGAGCCUUGUAUUCAAUGGAAUGGCCUAUAUAGAUCUGUGCAAGAAUGGUGACAUCAGUUACUGUGAAUUGAAUGCCCGCUUUGGCAUGCGCAACAUAAUUGCCGAUCCUGUCACUUUCAAAACAAAAGCAAGUUACCUUGCACUUGCCACUCUACAGGCCUACACUUCCAUGCACCUUUUAUUCCAGUUCAAAACAACAGCAGCCGAUGGUCUCAUUCUCUUCAAUAGUGGUGAUGGAAAUGACUUUAUCGUGGUGGAGAUUGUAAAAGGAUACAUUCAUUAUGUCUUUGACUUGGGGAAUGGACCCUCACUUAUGAAGGGCAACUCUGACAAACCAGUUAAUGACAAUCAGUGGCAUAAUGUAAUGGUUUCACGUGAUGCCAACAAUGUUCAUACACUCAAAAUUGACUCCAGAACAGUCACACAGCACUCCAAUGGAGCACGUAACCUGGACCUGAAAGGAGAACUGUAUAUUGGAGGGCUCACCAAGAACAUGUUUAAUACCCUGCCAAAGCUUGUGGCAUCCCGAGAUGGCUUUCAGGGUUGUCUGGCAUCAGUGGACCUCAACGGACGUCUGCCUGACCUUAUUGCAGAUGCCAUGCACCGUGUGGGGCAGGUUGAGAGGGGCUGUGAGGGUCCUAGUACUACAUGUACAGAAGAUUCUUGUGGAAACCAGGGUGUCUGUCUCCAACAGUGGGACGGAUACAGCUGCGAUUGCACCAUGACCUCAUAUGGAGGACCGUUCUGCAAUGACCACAAACCAUCAGCUUUAAAAAGUAUUCAGCCUGUGAACACAAUAGAACUCCUCAAGAUCCUUAUUCCCUCUGUGCUGCAUGGGUUAUUCUCACCUUCAAGUUAA